GUUCGGCUGGCGCCUAGUAGAACCUGGCUAAGCAAACUGAACGAGCGUGCUCGCUCGCAUACUCCCUUUUAAAGACGUUUGCUUGAAAAGGGGAAGAGCGGAAAUAGUGCUGGUAAUACUCAAGUACGGCGAAACAAGGAAGUGACGACGACACCCAAGCAAGGAAGAGGCGCGCUGUAGAAAUAAUAUGGUGUUCACAGAGAGACACUUGACUGGCGAGAAAAUGGAAAAUGGCCCGGUAUCUACUAAAUUCACUUUACCUAGCAACACAUAUAAAAGGAGAGUGAAGGGAGAAGAUAGUCAGUGCGACCACUCAACAGAGAAGGAACAACGGAGGGGGGUGUAUGCCAUGCUGGUUCAACAAAUGCGCCCAAUUGAUGAGGAGCAACAUUUUGUGUACUUAAGGAUGAAUUGGCCUUUACAUGCUAGUCUUUAUAUGAUGCAAGGGCUGGAAUCGUAGAGGUGCAGGUACCUCCUCGACCAAGCGACGCUGCAAGUUGUUGUCGUUCGCCAUUUUGAAUCCACACUGAGUUGCGGCUGAAUCGAGAAGAAGAAGAGCCUCGAUUUACCCUUACAUUUGACGAAUCACAAAUGAAGGGGCGUAGACUUCGGCUCCCGAAGUUCGACUUUGCUCAAGAAUAAAUGACGUGUGCACGAACAGCCAGGAAAAAAACCUUGCCGAAGACCAAAACCGUUUGUUUCGGAUGGAAGCAUGCGGAUGCCUUAAAGGGUGACAUCACACAGAAGGGCUAUGAGAAGAAACGAGCCAGGCUGCUGGCCCCUUUCCUCCCUCAGAUCACCAGUGUGGAUCUGCCUCUCCCAGACGUCCAGCAGCAGUCGUCCUCCGGCCCUACCAGUGGUGAGCCCAGCCCUGCCAGUUCUGACCGUAGCCCUGCCAGUCCUGAGGCCUCUGGUCCCUCUUCUUCCUCUGGGGGCCGCAGAAACCGCAGCGGGGGGGCAAGGGAUGACCGCUACAGAUCAGAUAUCCACACGGAGGCGGUACAGGCAGCGUUGGCCAAACACAAGGAGGAGAAGAUGGCACUGCCCAUGCCCACCAAGCGCCGCUCAGCCUUCGUCCAGUCACCCGUAGACAACUGCACCCCUCCAGACACAUCGUCAGCGUCUGAGGAUGAAGGCUCUCUGCGUCGCCAGGCGACUCUGAGUGCAGCACUGGCCCAGAGUCUCCAGAGCCCAGACUACUGGAUCAACCGCUCAGUGCAGAGCUCCUCCACCUCCUCCUCCGCCUCCUCCACCCUGUCCCACGGGGAAAAUAAGACUCAGACGCAACCGCAGCCACAGCCCACCUCAGCACUGGCCGACAUACUGGCAAGCACACGCAUAGAGAACAGUGUCCCCCCAGAUGUGACGUCCUACACCCCUGAGAGGGGUUCAAGGGUGGAGUCCAGGGUGGACCUGCCCCCCAAUGCUAUGACCAGGGGGAUGCCCCGAGGACAGAGCCGCACCAGCAUGCUGGAUACCACCGCUGACGGAAAGCGAAAAGGUGUGCCAGUGAACAGCCGUGUUUCCACUAAGAUCCAGCAGCUGCUGAACACUCUGAAGCGGCCCAAGAGACAAGCGCUCAGUGAGUUCUUCCUGGAUGACUCCGAGGAGAUCGUAGAGGUGCCCCAGCCAGACCCCAACACCCCCAGGCCAGAGGGCCGUCAGAUCAUCCCAGUGAAGGGGGAGCCCCUGGGGGUGGUCAGUAACUGGCCCCCGGCCCUUCAGGCAGCCCUGGCACGUUGGGGAGCCACACAGGCCAAGAGUCCCGCUCUCACCGCCCUGGACGUUACCGGGAAACCCCUCUAUACGCUGACAUACGGUAAACUGUGGAGCCGCAGUCUGAAGCUGGCCUACACUCUGUUGAACAAACUGGGCACCAAGAACGAGCCUGUCCUGAGACCUGGAGAUAGGGUGGCGCUGGUGUACCCCAACAGUGACCCUGCUAUGUUCUGGGUGGCCUUCUAUGGCUGUCUCCUAGCAGAGGUCAUCCCUGUACCCAUAGAGGUACCACUGUCUAGACAGGACGCAGGCAGUCUUCAGAUUGGCUUCCUAUUGGGCAGCUGUGGGGUAGGCCUGGCCCUGACUAGCGAGAUCUGUCUCAAAGGACUGCCCAAGACACCCCAGGGAGAGAUCAUGCAGUUCAAAGGUUGGCCCCGUAUGAAGUGGGUUGUGACAGACACCAAGUACCUGACCAAGCCCUCUAAAGACUGGCAGCCCCACAUCCCCACCGCCAACACAGACACAGCUUACAUCGAGUACAAGGCCAGUAAAGAGGGCACAGUGAUGGGAGUAGCCGUGUCUAAAAUAGCCUUGCUGACACACUGCCAGGCCCUGACACAGGCCUGCAACUACUGUGAAGGAGAAACAUUGGUCAACGUGCUAGAUUGUAAGAAGGACAUGGGUUUGUGGCACGGGGUGUUAACCAGUGUGAUGAACAGGAUCCACACCAUCACUGUACCCUACGCUGUCAUGAAGGCCUGUCCCAUGUCCUGGGUGCAGAGGGUCCACAUACACAAAGCACGUGUCGCCUUGGUGAAGUGUCGUGACCUCCACUGGGCUAUGAUGGCUCACAGGGACCAGAGAGACACCAACCUGUCCUCCAUACGCAUGCUCAUAGUAGCCGAUGGAGCCAACCCCUGGUCCGUGUCGUCGUGCGACGCCUUCCUCAACGUGUUCCAGUCUCACGGGUUAAAGCCGGAGGUCAUCUGCCCCUGUGCCUCCUCUCCUGAAGCCCUCACUGUGGCUAUCCGCAGGCCUGGUGCCCGUGGUGCAGCCCUCCCAGCCAGAGCCAUCCUGUCCAUGGGCGGUCUGAGUCACGGGGUCAUCAGGGUCAACACAGAGGAUAAAAACUCUGCCCUCACUGUACAGGACGUGGGCCAUGUCAUGCCUGGAGCUCUGAUGUGUAUCGUGAAGCCAGACGGCCCUCCGCAGCUCUGUAAGACAGAUGAGAUCGGAGAGAUAGUGUUGAACUCCAGGGCUGGCGGAACCAUGUACUACGGCCUACCUGGAGUCACCAAGAACACCUUCGAGGUGAUUCCCGUGAACCAGGCUGGAGCUCCGUUAGGAGAGAUCCUCUUCACUAGGACUGGCCUGCUGGGCUUUGUAGGGCCGGGCAGUCUGGUCUUUGUAGUGGGAAAGAACGAGGGGCUCCUGACGGUCAGUGGUAGACGACACAAUGCUGAUGACCUGGUGGCCACCGCCCUGGCCGUGGAGCCUGUUAAAACUGUCUACAGGGGGAGGAUCGCUGUGUUUUCAGUGACCGUGUUCUAUGAUGAGAGGAUAGUGAUCGUAGCAGAGCAGAGGCCUGACGCCAGUGAAGAGGACAGCUUCCAGUGGAUGAGCCGAGUACUACAGGCCAUAGACAGUAUUCAUCAGGUGGGUUUGUACUGUCUGGCCCUGGUUCCGGCCAACACGUUACCCAAGACCCCGCUGGGAGGGAUCCACAUCUCUGAGACCAAACAGAACUUCCUAGAGGGGAACCUGCACCCCUGUAACAUCCUCCUCUGUCCACACACCUGCGUCACCAACCUGCCCAAACCACGACAGAAACAGCCAGUUGGUGUGGGCCCGGCCUCUAUCAUGGUUGGUAACCUGGUAGCGGGGAAGAGGAUGGCCCAGGCUGCAGGCAGAGAGCUGGGAGUGCUGGAGGAAGAGGGCCUGGUCAGGAAGCUCUGUUCUUGGCCCACCAUGAUGCACCAGUUUCUGUCUGAAGCCUUACAGUGGAGAGCCCAGACCGACCCUGACCACGUCCUCUAUGUGCUGCUCAACGCUAAGGGGGUAGCGGUGUGCACGGCCACAUGUAGUCAGCUGCAUAAGAGAGCAGAGAAGAUAACCUCAGCCCUGAUGGAGAGAGGAGGCCUCAACACUGGAGACAACGUAGUGCUGUUAUACCCUCCUGGCAUUGAUCUGAUAGCUGCCUUCUAUGGCUGUCUGUACGCGGGGGUGAUCCCUGUAACAGUGCGGCCCCCUCACCCCCAGAACCUGGCUGCUACCCUGCCCACAGUCCGCAUGAUCAUCGACGUGAGUAAAGCAGCCUGUAUCCUAACCACCCAGCCCCUUAUGAGGAUCCUCCGGUCCAGAGAGGCUGCUGCCAGCGUCAACGUCAAGACCUGGCCCACUAUCAUAGACACAGACGACCUCCCCAGGAGGCGGCCCCCCCAGCUCUACAAGCCCCCCACAGCAGAGAUGCUGGCCUACCUGGACUUCAGUGUUUCCACCACAGGCAUGCUGACCGGGGUCAAGAUGUCCCACUCGGCGGUCAGUACUCUGUGUCGCUCCAUCAAGCUACAGUGUGAGCUCUACUCCUCGCGCCAAAUAGCCAUCUGUCUGGACCCCUACUGCGGCCUGGGCUUUGUACAGUGGUGCCUCUCCAGUGUCUACUCAGGUCACCAGUCCAUCCUGAUCCCUCCUAUGGAGUUGGAGCUGUCCUUGCCUCUGUGGCUGAGCACCCUGAGCCAGUACAAGAUCAGAGACACCUUCUGUUCCUACUCUGUCAUGGAGCUCUGCACCAAGGGCCUGGGAACGCAGACUGACGCACUCAAGGCACGGGGUGUGAAUCUGUCGUGUGUGAGGAGCUGUGUGGUGAUAGCAGAGGAGCGUCCCCGGCUGGCACUGACCCAGUCCUUCUCCAAGCUGUUUAAAGACCUGGGUCUCUCCCCUCGCGCGGUCAGCACAGCCUUCGGAUCUAGGGUCAACCUAGCCAUCUGCCUACAGGGAACUGCUGGACCAGACCCCUCCACCGUCUAUGUAGACAUGAAGUCCCUCCGCCAUGACAGGGUGAGGUUGGUGGAGCGAGGUGCCCCCCAGAGUCUUUCACUCAUGGAGUCAGGCACUAUUCUUCCAGGGGUGAGGGUGAUCAUCGUGAACCCGGAGACCAGGGGACCGCUGGGGGAUUCCCAUCUUGGAGAGAUCUGGGUUCAGAGUCCCCACAGUUCCAGUGGCUACUACACCAUCUAUGGAGAGGAGAGCUUGCAGGCGGACCACUUCAACACGCGGCUGAGCUUCGGGGAGCCCCACACCCUGUGGGCCAGGACGGGAUACCUGGGCUUUGUUAAGAGGACCGAGCUACUAGGGUCCACCGGAGAUCGGCAUGACGCCCUGUUUGUGGUGGGCCAGUUGGAUGAGACGUUGGAGCUCAGGGGGCUUCGCUACCACCCCAUCGACAUCGAGACCUCUGUGUCCCGGGCACACCGCAGCAUCGCUGAGAGUGCUGUGUUCACAUGGACCAACCUCCUGGUGGUAGUGGCUGAGCUGGCCGGGUCGGAGCAGGAGGCCCUGGACUUGGUGCCUCUGGUGACCAAUGUAGUUCUGGAGGAGCACCACCUGAUUGUGGGCGUGGUGGUCGUCGUGGACCCGGGCGUCAUCCCCAUCAACUCCCGGGGAGAGAAGCAGAGGAUGCACCUCCGGGACUCGUUCCUGGCCGACCAGCUGGACCCCAUCUACGUGGCCUAUAACAUGUGAGAUGUGAGGAGGAGGGCCAAGCCCCAGACACACUGGGGUGAAGGCUGACUAUGGGGGUCCACUGGGGUGAAGGCUGACUAUGGGGGUCCACUGGGAUGAAGGCUGACUAUGGGGGUCCACUGGGAUGAAGGCUGACUAUGGGGGUCCACUGGGGUGAAGGCUUACUAUGGGGGUCCACUGGAGUGAAGGCUGGCUAUGGGGGUCCACUGUGGUGAAGGCUGACUAUGUGGGUCCACUGGGGUAAAGGCUGACUAUGUGGGUCCACUGGGGUGAAGGCUGGCUAUGCGGGUCCACUGGAGUGAAGGCUGACUAUGGGGGUCCACUGGAGUGAAGGCUGGCUAUGCGGGUCCACUGGAGUGAAGGCUGUCUAUGGGGGUCCACUGGGGUGGAGGCGAGGGUGUGUAGAGGCUCUAAGAAUGAGUUGGACAGAGAGAGAGGCGGGGGUGUGGGAUGGACUGCUCCUCCUGAGAACGGACCUCUCACAUUCACUCAUCUGUCAGUGGGACAGCGUGGCAGAACAGGAGUGGCGAUGGUGAAUGGGCUUGGACUUAGUUUAGCCACCCUGUUACAGUGUCUUCUGCCUAAGUGCGUGCUCUCGCCAGAGUCUACUAUGUUUAUUGAGUUUUUCGGUGGGAGUGAAGCUACAGCAUGUCCGUUUGCAUGAGGUUGAGCUGCUUCUUACUGGUGCUUAUCCAACCACUCCCCACCUCUCUCUGACAGAGGAAGAAUAGGAUUGGUUACUUCUCUUUGAUUGACAUUUAGGUCCACCUGUCAAGGAGACGUUUGCCAAUACCCUCAUCCACUGUCUCUCCCGACUGCUCCGAUCAAUGAUUUUAUCCCCAGAAAUAAUGAUUUUUGUGCAUCUUGUUUUACAGAGGAAGACAAAAACUGUAGAGAUUUGUUUAUCGUCUCAAUCCAUUCCAUGGUUUGUUUUUAGUUCAGCCUGUACCUUGCUCUCUCCUUUCUCCUGAGGGAUCCACAGUCCGUCAUGUUUGUCAGGAUGGGACCGUGGAGCCAAUGAGACGAGCUGGAAGCUCCCCCCCAUGCACUUUAACUUUUCCUUGUCCUUCCAUAAUCUGUCCUGUCUCUCCUAGCCUGGUCUCAGAUCUGUUUGUGCUGUCUUGCCAACUCCUCAUGUGACAAUGACCGUAGGAGUUGGAAAGCCAGUGCAAACAGAUCUGAGACCAGGCUUGGCGUGUGUCCCAAAUGGCACCCUAUUCCCUAUAUAGUGCAUAUAUGUCUCCUGGGUAGUCGAUGUGAAACUGACUUCCUCUAACCACCAUUUUUCAUGAUACAAUUCAGAUCAACAACUAUUCAAACAAUACAAUACCGCCAGCAAGUACAGCUCACUUCAGGCCAAAAGAGGCCUGCACUUCUAUAGCUGCACUUACAUUCCGAGCUGCGAUCGAUCGGUCAUCUUACGUUUCUGUCCCACACAUCUCUAGCUUUGUUUUAACGGCUCACUGCUAUGUUACAAGCUUUCAGACUUGCUGGAAGAAAUCACUUUUAAAACCCACUUUGAAUUGGUAUGGAACGAAAAAGGAUGUGCAACAAACAUAUCAGCAGCAAACGGAAACAACAAAACGGACAAGCUGUUUAAGUCCUUGGAUGUAUGAGCGGGAAUGACAGUGAUCUUAUCGAUCAUGUAAAGAAAAGGAACUCCUGUUUAACUGUAACGCUAUUCAAUGGGCUUGCGGUUAUAUGUCUGUGCAGCCACAAGACAAGGUAAACUAGUGUAGAUGUUUACCUUUAAAUAUCUGUAUUCACUAUAGUGCACCAUACAGUAAUGAAUUGUAAAUAAUCAUUAUUUAAAUAUCAAGCAAACACAAUACCGGUAAUAUGGAACAAUAAGAUUGACUUCUGAUUAUCUUAUUGGCUGAUAUCACGGAGGCUCCUAUACCGAGUCACUAUAUCUUAGCUUGAAUAAGUAUCAGUCAGUCAGUCGACUGCUAGCCUUCGUCACAGGCUUUCAACAAACGAAGCCUGGCGUCCAACAAGCGAAGCCUGGCGUCCAAGGCUAGUCAAUUGCUAAGCUUGUUUCUUCGUUCUGUACUGUCCAUUGAGCCACAAAGGGCAUCUUCGACUCUGACUAACUUCACGAGGCUACAUCGGGGUUAUCAGGAGACUGCUGCCCUGUGCCUUUCUGUUGUGUUAACAUGAAACGUAACAUCUUCAUAAAUCAACGACUUGGUGUAUUACCAAAACAGUUUGCAGUGGGUAUAAGAUGAGAACAAAUUCUUGCCUUAUAAAACCUGUGGAACUUUUAACAUUUUUUGUUUUGAUUUGUCAAAGGCUUUCAUUUUAUUGCUGUGCUUGUGAUGAAUAGAAAAGGGAUUGCAGAGGGUAAGGUUGAGAUGUUGACUGUAUAGCAUAGUGUAUAUUUUAGAGGUCAAAAACUGUAUAACUGGUGUUACUGUGUACAUUGACAUGAUGAACUUAUUCUUUACGUUGAUAAAACUUGACUGAUCUUUCAUACUUGACAGCCAAUUUCUGCAUUACUGACAUAAAAAUAGGCUAAGUAACAAAUUGCAAAAUUCAAAAAAGUAUCUUAUGGUUUGGCAGGUGGUAACAAUUUGCACUUUCCCAUAUCAUUACUGUGUGUGUGUAUGAUCGUAUGGUUUAAAUGGUGACAUUGUUUGUCUUUCCUUGUGCAAAAAAAGUUUCAUUGCCCUUUUUAAUUAAAUGAACAUCAAAAUAUUGAACAAUAUUUUAGUUCCAGAUUGGCUUUUUUUUAAAUGUCAAAUUCACUGUACUGCAAUUUUUAUCAGUUGAUAAACCACUUUUUUAAAAAUCCAAAUGAGACAUUAUUGAUUUAAAUAUAAUUCUAAUGGUUUUUCAUGCAAGAUGUUAUGUUCUCUUUCUCAUGAACUCUUCUUUCAACGACCCUACAUUAACAGCACAACUCUGUUGCAAAACAAAAGCCUUGUUUGAUUUGGAAGUAGUUUAGACUACUUGAAUGACAGACAAACAUUGUAAUUUAUAAGUCCAUCUCUUGAGUGAAGUUGAAAUUGAAUGGUUCAUAAAUAAAUGUAUUGAACUUGGA